GCUGCGGGCUUCUCAUACAGUAAGCGACAGGACGAGGGCAAGGGACUCGGGGCGCUGUGAACGUGAUAUGCUCAGUUCAAUUUCUGGCCGGCUCGGAAGGCGUGCGAUGCGAGGUGCAUGAAUGAGCCAGCCGGUAUGUCAGGCGCAUCGCACAGAGGCUCGCCUUCGAUUUGGACACAGCGUGGCUAUGGAUUGGUGUUGAUGGAGGAAUGAGGGAUGCACCGAAUCCAGGUUUCAGUGAACAAGCACCACCACGUUCCAGUGCCGGGAUCUCCCUGAUAAGUGAGAACACAUCUGCCCCACUCGCUUUCUGCUGUGCCAUCCUGUCCGAAAACUGGCUGGCAAGAGCUUGGCUGCCGCACCUGCCUGGGACAUGCAACUGUUACGCAGUACCCCCAAGGUCAACGUUCACAAAGACAAGCCCCACCAACUCAACUUGCAUCUCACUGACCCUGACCGAACCGCAAACUCAACAAAGCUCACAUCUACAUCGUUCUCGCGCGUAUUGGCCUUUACCCUCUUCUCAACCAGACAACACACAAUGUCAGAAAACUUCGUUGCGCCCGGCCAGCAGCGCUACCUGCGCGCCUGCAUGGUCUGCUCGAUAGUCAUGACCUACGCCCGCUUCCGCGACGAAGGCUGCCCCAACUGCGAGGAGUUCCUGCACCUGCAAGGGUCGCCAGACCAGAUCGACAGCUGCACGUCGCAGGUGUUCGAGGGGCUCAUCACGCUGGUCGACCCGGCCAAGUCGUGGGUGGCGAAGUGGCAGCGGCUGGACGGCUACGUGCGCGGCGUGUACGCGACCAAGGUGUCGGGCCAGCUGCCGGACGAUGUGCGGACGACGUUGGAGGAGGAGUAUCGAAUCACAUAUAUCCCACGCGAUGGCAGCGCGACGGAGGCGGAUUAGUAUUCAAAGAGCGUGUGUUCUUGGGCAAGGUUAGCGUUUGGGGCUGGAGUUAUGGCGUUGGUUAGGACACAGGCGGCAUCUCGGUUUAGCGCCAUCUAAACGGUCUACCGACGAGUGAAG